AUGUCUGCGCUCAAAGUCCUGUGCUGUCUGCUGCUGGCGUGUCACGCCGCAGACGGAAAGAAGACGGCGGGAAACCAAGCGGAAGCGGCCCUCCCGGGAGCCGGGCGGGGCCCUCCGAAGGCCAAAGAGCUCCACGUCGGCAGCACGCUCUUCCGGCUGUUGGCGGCGACGGGGGAGGACACCUGCGCCCUGGAGCCCUCGCAGCUGCACGGCCUCUCGUCCUGCGGCUUCAACGCCUCUAAUCCCCUCAUCAUCAUCAGCCACGGGUGGUCGGUGAACGGCAUUAUGGAGAGCUGGGUGAUGAGGCUGGCCACCAUCCUCAAGACUCACCUGAGAGACGUCAACGUCGUGAUGACCGACUGGCUCUCCCUGGCUCAACAGUACUACCCCAAAGCGGCGUACAACACGCGCACGGUUGGAAAGGACAUCGCGCAUCUGUUGCUCUCACUCAAGGAGCACUACAACUAUUCAUUCCGGAAGGUUCAUUUGAUCGGCUACAGCCUCGGCGCUCACGUCUCCGGAUUUGCCGGAAGCUAUCUUAAAGGGCCGGAACGCAUCGGAAGAAUUACUGGUCUCGACCCGGCCGGCCCGCUGUUCGAAGGCAUGUCACCCGCUGACAGAUUGUCCCCCGACGACGCCGACUUCGUGGACGCCAUUCACACGUUCACCCACGAGCGUCUGGGCCUCAGCGUGGGCAUCAAGCAACCUGUGGCUCAUUAUGACUUUUACCCCAACGGGGGCGACUUCCAGCCCGGAUGCGACCUGGCCAGAAUCUACGAGCACAUCUCCCAGAACGGAGUUCUUGAUUUUGUGCAAACGGUGAAAUGUGCCCACGAGCGCUCCGUACAUCUUUUCAUCGACUCAGUGGUCAACAAAAACCAGCCGAUCAGGGCGUACGGCUGCAACAACAACAGGGCUUUCGACAGAGGCGCCUGUCUGGACUGUCGGAAGAACCGCUGCAACACGCUCGGCUACAACGUCGAGAAGGUCCGUGCGGGGCAGCGUAGCAAGAGGUUCUAUGUGAAAACGGGAUCCAGGAUGCCCUACAAACUUUAUCACUACCAGCUGAGGAUUCGGUUCCUGCAGCCCACGCAGAGCAGCAACCCCUCACUCAGCAUCGCCCUCAUCGGCACAAAGGAGGAGAGCGGCGAUCUCCCCGUGGCCUUCGCCGAGGAGGUUUUCGUGAAUAAGACGUACACCUUCCUGAUCACCCUGGAUCGACAUUUGGGGGAUCUGAUGUUACUCAAGCUCCAGUGGGAGGAAUCGGUCGUGUGGACGAACCUGUGGAACCAGGUGCAGACCAUCAUGCCUUGGGGCGGACGUGUCGCCAAACCGCACCUGACAGUAGGCAACAUCAGUGUCAAAGAUGGAGACACGCAAGAACGGAUAUCUUUUUGUGCCAUGACAAAUGAGGACCAGCGUGUGGAAAUAUCGCAAGUUAAAGUGUUUGUGCGCUGUAAAAAAGAGCCAGGAAAGCAGCACAGGAGGAAACACACGUAAGGAAAUAAAUACCUGCAAAGCCCGAAGACGUUUCAC